AUGGAUAUUCCUGCUUUGGACCGCGUGGAAUGCGCAAUUCUCCAUGACCAGUUCAAUCCGUUGGAUGGUGGCGUCAUUUUCGAGGCUGUCAAAGAAUUUUCCAGUCAUCUUGGGUAUGCAUCGGAGGUACAGCUGAUCGCCUCGUCGACCUCGAAAGACAUACAUGUCAACGCGGGCGGGCAUCGCGUUCUGAUCAGCCAGAACGACGAACCGCUUGGGCUUGCGGGAUUCCGUACGGCGCUGACGACCCCCUAUACCGGCCUAGUGCUUCCCAACGCACAGGACAUCGUACGACGGCACAAGGCGAACACGUUCGUGACGAUCGCCAAGGGCAUGCUGGAUGUGCAGCUCUUUUCGGAAGAGCUGCGAAAGCUCGGAGACGAGUUUGUGGACUCGCUUGCGGCGGAAUCGUCCUUUGACAGCCUUGGCGAAGCCGACCGGGCGAGAUUUUUCUGUUACUGGCUGAGCAAACUGAUCAUCAGAAAUAAUCCGGCAAGCGCGGUUCAUUGGUGUGUCAGCGACAAUCUUGUGCCGCAAAGCUUCUUCGAAAGUGCCGGAGAGGCUGGCGAUCUCGCUCUUUUGAAUAUCCGUCCAAUUCUCACCUCCAGCGCAGGGCGGUUCGGAGAAGACCUGCCUCUUGGCAUGAUCGUCAGCGGCUCCCAAUGGGUGAUCGGAAAGGUGAUCGAAUUCCAGGAGGCUCGUGUUCCCCUGCCAUGGAUGAUGGAAGUGGUACUCGGCUUUAUUAAUUUGUGCCAGGUCCGCGGAUCGAUCUUGCCGCACAACAACUCCUUCAGCGACGAGAGCAACGCGUGGGCUGUUGCGGUCUAUCACGAGAAACUGGAAGGGCACGACAGUUGGGAAAAGGUUCGACUGGUCGUCGUGAAUGCGCCGCAAUUCGGCAUUCACGGCGAGGUGACGGCGCAACGUUCCUAUACCUACAAGAAUGCCGACGAUGUCAGGAAACGGGCCGAAGAGGAAAGAACCGAGGUUGCCGCUGCCAACGACCCGCAACCUUAUGACAGACGACCGGAAACCGUUCCGGAGGCCGGUUCGUCACCUUCCGGCAUGCAGACGGAAGCUGCAGUUGCAAACGAUCCGCACCGGGAGAUCAAGAUCACACAGCAGAAACAGGACAUGAACGCGCUACGCGACUUUGCCAAACGCUCCAGCACUUCAGACACGCCAGCCAUCAAAAGUGCAUCGCGCGAUCUACUGUCACGCGCGCGAGGAUUGUUUUCGAACCGCCGUUGA